GGCGCGCCCGGGAGGCCGAGGCCGCGCGCUAUUCCUGUCCCUGUGAGCUACCGGCAUGUUAUGUACGGCGCCCAAUCAUGCCUCCGACCCGCCGCGCUGACCUGCGCCCCCCCCCUUCCUUAAUCCCCCAGGCUUUGAUUUGAUCCUCCGCGCGGAACAAGCUCACCCCCCUCUCCGCCCCAUACCCAGUUGUCCCCGGCCCUCGCGGGUGCCCGCAGUGUCCGUCCUUCUCGUCCACCCCCGGGAGGCCAGAGCCCUCGCCCCGCACUUCCCGGGACGCCCCGAGGCGGGCCACAUCCGCGCGUCCGCGCUGUCGGAGAUCCAGCACCCCUCAGAAUCAGUCCACCCGCUGCUCGGCCCUUCCAGGUGAUGGUGCGUGGCCACUGCGGCCCCUGGCGCGCAGGUGUGGGCUCCCCAAACUGGGACCGGGAGGGGGCUUCGGGCAACGCGCUGGCAGCCUCGGCAGCAGCCAAAAGCCAACCCCGCUCCCUCCGGAAGACUCCAAACUCCGCGCCCUCGCCCUCGGCUCCUGGGAGCUUCUGGAAACCAUCCCCCGACCGCCUUUGCUCUGAGAAGGGUACAGGGAUAUCUGCAGGCCUGGAUGAAGGAGCCCUGGGCUUUAAGCUGAGCAGGCAAAAACGGGGCCCUGCUAGGGGCUCUGGGGCUCGCGUAGGGGGCCCUGGGGUGCCAUACCCCGAGAUGCUUCUGGCCGUGCCGGGUGGGCUCCAGCCCCGGCCAGGCCGCUUCCCGCCCCGGACAUCAUGAGUUACUUCCUAUCUUACUGUAAGGCUCAUGGCGGCGCACUGCUCACCGGCUAUCAGGCCCUGCGCGCCGAGGGCUUCCUGUGCGACGUGACGCUGGAGGCUGAGGGCACCGAGUUCCCGGCGCAUAGGUCGCUGCUCGCGUGUUCCAGCGACUACUUCAGGGCUCUGUUCAAGAGCCACACCCGGGAAUCCAGGGCCAGCGUGAUCCACCUACACGUGCCGUCGGCGGCCGGCCUGCAGCGCUUGCUGGACUUCAUUUACACCGCCUGGUUGCCGCUGUCCAUGGACACGGUGGAAGACACGCUGGAGGCCGCCAGCUACCUGCAGGUGACUGAGGCGCUGGGGCUGUGCGGCCGCUACCUGGAGCGCCAGCUGGCUCCGGAGAACUGCUGCUUUGCAGCCAACGUGGCGGCGCGCUUCGGCCUGGCGCACACGUUGGGCGCCGCGGAGAGCUGCAUCGUGCGCCACCUGCGGGAGCUGCUGCUGCGGGGCGCGGGCCCCAUGGGGCUGCUGGAGCUGAACCCCACGUCGCUCAAGGCUGUGUUGGGUGCCCCCGACUUGGCGCGGGUGCCUGAGGCCUGGCUGCUGGGUCUGGCACUAGCCUGGCUGAAGCGGGAGCCUGAGGCCGAACGCCUGGCCCACUGCGUCUCGCUGCUCGAGCGCGUUCGCUUCGGCCUAGUACGUGCCGACGUGCUGCGGCGCGUGUACUCGGGCUCUGGCCUCGCCCUGCCCGCCCGCGUCAAGGGCCUCAUCAUCCAGGCCCUCAACUACCACACGGCGCCCUCCCGCCAGCCGCUCUUGCAGGGCGAGCAGACCAGCGUCCGGAGUCCCCAAACCCGCAUCUUGUUGGUAGGGGGGCGCAGGGCGCGGGAGGCGGUGACCGAGGAGGUCGUGGUCCGCCAGGUGGUAGCCAGGGGCAGAGGCGCUGCUCCGCCGGAGGAGGAGGAGGACGAGCAGUCGGAAGAGGAGGAGGAGGAGGAGGAUUGGGAGUUCACCCAGGACGUGGUGGCCUUCGACGUGUACAACCACCGCUGGCGCAGCCUCACGCGGCUGCCUGCACCGCUGCUGGGGCACAGCGUGUGCACCGCAGGCAACUUCCUCUUCGUCCUGGGCGGGGAGAGUCCUGAUGGCGCCUCCUCACCCCUGGCAGACGGCAUGCGGCCGGUCACGGCCGAAGUGCACCGUUACGACCCGCGCUUCCACGCCUGGACGGCGGUGCCCGCUAUGCGGGAAGCGCGGGCCCAUUUCUGGUGCGGCGCGGUGGGCGAGGGGCUCCUGGCUGUCGGGGGUCUGGGCGCGGACGGCCAGGCGCUGGCGUCCGUAGAGAUGUAUGACCUGCGCCGGGACCGCUGGACGGCGGCCGGGGCGCUGCCGCGGGCGCUGCACGGCCACGCGGGGGCCGUCGGGGACCGUGGCGUCGUGUACAUUUCUGGGGGUAAGGCGGGAAGAGGCGAGGGCGGCGCGAGCAGCCUCCGGGACGUGUACUCCCUGGGCCCUGGGGAGCGAGCAUGGAGCAAGAGGGCGCCCAUGAGCACCGCCCGCUUCGGGCACCACAUGGCUGUGCUGCGCGGCGCGGUGUUCGCCUUUCUGGGGCGCUAUGAGCCCUUCUCUGAGAUCGAACGCUAUGACCCCGGCACGGACCAGUGGACUCGGCUGCGGCCGCUACCCUAUGAUCGCUUCUGCUAUGGGCUGGCCGUGGUGGAGGAGACGGCUCUGCUGCUGGGCGGCCUCAAGUGGCGAGACUCGCGGCAGGUGCCUACUCGCAACGUGGUGGGCUAUGACCUCGACCUGGACCGCUGGGAGGACAUCGGGUGCGCGCUACCCUGGGCCUGGAGCGGCCUGCAGUGCGCAGUGCUGCAGCUGGCUGAGGGUGGGGAUGAGGAGAGGGAGGGCGGGCUCGGAGAGACGCCAGAUUUAGUGCGGAGCUUGAUGGGUUAGAGCAGUCUUGCGACGACAGAGGAGAAAAAGUCGCGCUUGAGCGGGCUUAUUACAGAGUAAUGCGUGGGCUUUUCCUAAGAAUGGGACUCUGGGAGCAGAGCGGCUGCUCAAGUUUAAGGAUGCAAACAAGGGCUUGGUCGAGGAGGAGCAAUGCCCCUGAAGUUGAGAAUGGGGAGACAGAAGGGGUCAAAAUAGGAUUUAUGAAUCGGCUUCAGUGAGCUGGGGAUUUCUAGGAAGACUCAUGCCGGUCUAGAGAUGGACUUUUGAAAAUAAAAUAUGGCCCUGUUUUUCUUCUUAAAGUGUUGCCCUAGGUGCUAAACAGUGAUUACUUUUGUGCCAAACAAGGCCAAAUAUGUACCACGAGAAGUGAAACACAAAACCCGGACAAUUGUUAGCUAUAUAGGCUGUAAUAAAUACUUAGAAAAGACGGCAUUAGCUGAGUAAAGAGUGAAGAGAAAGUGCCUUCAUUAAAAGCAUGAAGUCAUUGUAAGGAGAACUAGGAUUUUAUGAUUCAGAACUAUGUUUAGAGUUCUGCUCUGAUGGCUUAAUAUAAAUAUAGGACUGAGAGGGAAGAAAAUCUCUAAGAAAGAACUUUUUUUUUUUUUUUUUGAGAAAAUAUCCUAGGUUAAGUUUUUCUGUCCCUCAUUCUUACCCCCUAGCCUGCUUUUGCCCUAGCUUUAGUCAGCUCAUUGGUUUCCGUUUUACUUCAGCAGUCCUUGGCCAUAAUAAUCAUGUUCUUCUGAUUACGUGGAACAUCUAGGAAAACCCAAACUUAUUUCUUUCAUCUUCUUUCAAAGGUCAUUCUGCAGUCAGGUCGUAGGUUAUAUUUGUUAACAAACAAACAAACAAACAAACAUAGAACACAUUUUUGGCAGCCCCUCCACCUCCCCAACUUCCCAAGAAUCAACAGAAAGGAAAGAGGAACAGGUGCAAGUUUGUGUCCGCUAAGUGGGGAAGGAGCUUGGUUUUGCAGGGUCUCAGAAAAGACCCUUGCACACAUGAACAGCUGCUGCUUCUGGCUUAGACGGCGGCAAAGUCACAACUCCUGACUAGGGAAGGGGUCGGGGAAGGGCGGCUCUGUGAUUAGGUCUCAAAGAAAGGUGGUGAGGACUCUGUAGGAAUAAAGUAG